GGCGUUUCCACUCCCCGGACGCCGCGCAGCGGAGGGGAGGCGAGAGGCGCCCCCCGGUGGAGAGCCUGAGCCCCGCGCGAGUCCGGCCGCACCUGGCAAGCGGAGCCGGAGUCGGGCUGGGGACCGCGGGGUUGAGGCCGGACCACGGCGGGGCCGGGGGAGAAACGCGCGCGGCCCUGGCCCGGACCCCCCCCCCCCACCCGGCCGCGCGGAAUGGUAUGGCCCGGCCGGAGUUAAGGCCGGGGGAGGCGGCGAGUCCCGCGGCGGCGGCGGCGGCGACGGUGGCGGCGACGAUGGGACUGCGUGGGGGAGGAGCGCUGGGCAGGGCCGGCGCGGGUCGGGGGGCGCCCGAGGGGCCCGGGCCGAGCGGCGGCGCGCAGGGCGGCAGCAUCCACUCGGGCUGCAUCGCCGCGGUGCACAACGUGCCGCUGAGCGUGCUCAUCCGGCCGCUGCCGUCCGUGCUGGACCCCGCCAAGGUGCAGAGCCUCGUGGACACGAUCCGGGAGGACCCAGAAAGCGUGCCCCCCAUCGAUGUCCUCUGGAUCAAAGGGGCCCAGGGAGGUGACUACUUCUACUCCUUUGGGGGCUGCCACCGCUACGCGGCCUACCAGCAGCUGCAGCGAGAGACCAUCCCUGCCAAGCUUGUCCAGUCCACUCUCUCAGACCUAAGGGUGUACCUGGGGGCAUCCACACCAGACUUGCAGUAGCAGCCUCCUUGGCACCUGCUGCCACCUUCAAGAGCCCAGAAGACACACCUGGCCUCCAGCAGGCUGGGCCAUGCAGAAGGGAUAGCAGGGGUGCAUUCUCUUUGCACCUGGUGAGAGGGUCUGACUCUGGGCACCCCUCUCGCCAGCUACAAGGCCUUGGACUCACUGUACAGUGUGGGAGCCCCAGUUCCCACCUCUGUGACAAUAGGAUCAUGGCCUUACCCUUGAAGCAUUACUGAGAAGGUGAAAUGAGAACAGAGAUGGGCUUGGAGAGCCAUGUGCUGCUGCUCCAAAUUCCCAAGGACAAGGACCCAUCCGCAUUUUUGUCUGUGUAACCUCUUAUAUGGACUACAUGCAGCUGCAAGGAAAGGAAAACCUUGAUUGCAGUGGUUUAAACAAACAGAAGAUUGUUUUUCCACAUAGCAUGGAUUCUGGAGAUGAGUGGCUAAUGGUAUUGGUUCAACAACUCCACAAAGGUAGGGGUCACAUCUUGGAUCCUUUGCCUUAAUCUCAGUGCUCGUUACUUCAUGGUCCCAAGAUGGCUGCUGUAUCCCCAAGAAUCAUGUCUGCGUUCAAGGAAGGAGGGGUGGAGGAAGAGGAAGGGCCAAACUAGCUGGACCUGCCACCUUCUAGCAGAAAGUAAAACCUCGUCAGAAGUCUGUUUCCUGCUCUCUCCCUCUGCAUAUUUUCACAUAGAUGCCCUUGGCCCGAGCCAGCUACCAUUGCACCUCUAGCUGCAAACAAAGCUAAGACAGCAGGGAACAGAACUGUCAUGGCUGAAUAGACCAAUCGUGUUCCAUCUACUGAGACUGGCACACUGCCUCCUGCAAUAAAACUGGGAUCCCAUUACCAAGAGAGAAAUGCAGAAUUGUGUACCAGUUAGCUUUUGCUGUGUAACAAACCAUCCCCAAACUUGGCAGCUAGAAACAAACCCUUUAUUUUCCCACAAUCCUAUGGGUUGACAAUUUGGGCUGGGCUCAACAGGGCAGUUCUGCUGCUCCCACCUGGGAUCCCUCAUGGGGCUAAGGUCAGCUGUUACCUCAGCUGGGCCUGGAUGGUCUAGGAUAGCCUUACUCACUUGCCUGGCAGGUGACAGGCUGUUGGCUGGAGUUGCUUGGUUCUCCUCCAUGUGGCCUCUCCAGCAGGCUAGCUCAGGCUUCACAUGAUGGCUUCAGGGUUCCAAAGAGAGUGAGAGUAGAAGCUGAAAGACUUCUUGAGUUCUUGGCCUGGAACUGGGACUAGGACAGUGUCACUUCUGCUAAGUUCUUUUGGUCAGAGCAAGUCACAAGGCUUUGCCCAGAUUCAAGGGAUGAGAAACAGACUACAUGUCUUGAUGAGGGGAACCACAAAGAGCUUGUGGCCAUUUUUCACCUAUCACAAAUAAUUUUGGAUGGGUAUGUAUUUGGAUAAAGGUAUUUCCCUCUUCCCCCUUUCUCUCUGUCUCAUGGGGCCUCACUCUGCCAAGUCGGAAGGCACUAAGACAUUGUCCUGGCCCUCAGGGUGUAGGGGAAGAGGUGUUGGGGCAGGAAGUGAGUCUCUCCAUGGGCUGGACCCGUUGUAGUAGGGGUACCUCCUUGUCUGCACUGGUGGUAUGGGGUUAGGCCAGGUAGGACAUUCCAGAGGGGCUUCUGAAAACCAAGAGUCCCUGGGGAAGGGGAACAGAGUAAGGCAGGCCUUGUUCUCACUGCCCUCUAAGGGAACUUGCUCGGCACUUUUAAGCCUCAGUUUCCCCAGUUCAAUAAUAAGGACGAGCUUUUCCCAUGCAUUCUCUUUCCCAGGGAAAGAUGACUGAGGUGACCAGUAAUAGAAUUGAAAAGGGAGAGUGUCCUCAAUGCAAUGUGGCAUCCUGGAUUGGGUUUUGGAACAAAAACAGGACAUUAGUGGGAAAAUUGGAAAUCUGAAAAAAGUCUGAAUUUUAGUUAAUAUACCAAUUUCAGUCUCUUGGUUUUGACAAAUGUACCAUGGUGAUGUAAGAUGUUGACCUUGGGGUAGGCUGGGUGAAGGAUAUACAGGAACUGUUUGUACUAUCUCUGCAACUUCUCUGUAAAUCUAGUAUCAUUCCAAAAUAAAAGUUUAUUUAAUUAAAAAAAAAA